AUGUCACACUACCAAGCGAUUGACAAGCUAGUGGUAGCAAUGGAAGGUCGACGAAUAUACGUCGAGGACGAGGAUCGUGUGCAGUUCGACAGCCUAGAGAUGAUUGUGGGAAGCGAUAGGAUUGUCCUACAGCCCUCGACUUGGGAUGCUGCGAUCAUGUCGCUGCUCACCACAGAAUCUGCAUCGCUGACAUAUCGGGUCGCGGCCGGCAAAGCACGCUGGGAUUGGGCAUGCCAGGUCCGCAAAGAGAGGAGGCGGGCCGCCAAGAGGCGCAGAAAUGGCAACGGUGGCGCGAAGACAUUUGUCAGGAUGAUUGAAAGUGUCCCGAGCGUUCUCGGAAUCGGGCUCCUUAUUUGGCUCUGCAUCGGUCUGGCUGUCAAUUUGCUCGCCUGGAACCUCGAUGGAGGAUGCGUUGCAGAUGUCUGA